ACUCAUUAUCAGGAGGUUUUCGGUCCAGAGUAGUACUACGUAAAUUUUACUGAUCACUCUGUCAAGUUGCCUAAAAGAAAUGUUUUUGACUUUGUCAAAUUACACUCUUUAAUUGAUUUGCACUCAGAGCCACUUGAAUCUCUCCGAUCGAGCCUAUAAAUGGUCAUCAAGAUUGCACUUCAAUUUCAUUCCAAACUAGUCUAUCUCCAACCAACUAAAGAGGGAAGUACCAAAAGAAACUAAAGAGGGAAAUGGGUUCGAAAGCAUUUGUUUUCCUUGGCCUUUUUCUGGCCGUUGCUCUUCUCAUCUCCUCGGAGGUGACUGCCAGGGAUUUGGCUGAGACUACCACUUCUACUACUCCUACUACUGUUGAUCAACAGACUAAAGGGAUUGAUGAUGCCAAGUAUUAUUAUGGCGGCGACGGCGGUGGUUAUUACGGAGGUGGCUACUGUUAUCGCCAUUGUGGCUGUUAUUACGGAGGCGGUGGCGGUUAUGGAGGUGGAUAUGGACGCGGCGGAUAUAACGAAGAAGGGAAUUAACAUUAUAUGUGUUAUUUAAGCUAUCCGUGCACCGAGUUAAAAUAUGUAUGAAUAAUGAAGGCUGCCUUAUCAGGCCCUUCACAUUAAUAGUCAUGUAGUAGUUCCUCUGUUACGGCAUGGUUUGUGUUUUCGUGUGUUUGAUUUUCAAAUUGUGUUAAGUCACUUUUGUAUCUGUGAGAUGUUUGAAUGUUUUAUAGCAAAUUCCCUCUUUUUUUCA